AUGGCUCAAGGUACUUUAUCACUCGGUGGUGAACGUCUUACAGGCGAUUCAAUUCGUACUCAAAAUGUUUUGGCUGCUAUGUCAAUUGCCAAUAUUGUGCGAACAUCAUUAGGCCCACUUGGACUUGACAAAAUGCUUGUAGAUGAUAUUGGUGACAUAACAAUUACGAAUGAUGGUGCGACCAUCCUCAAACUGCUCGAUGUUGAACAUCCGGCUGCUAAAAUACUCGUUGAAUUAGCUCAACUGCAAGAUCAAGAAGUUGGUGAUGGUACAACUAGUGUUGUUAUUAUUGCUGCUGAGCUGUUGAAAAAUGCUGAUCAACUUGUCAAGCAGAAGAUUCAUCCGACAUCAGUAAUCAGCGGUUAUAAACUAGCAUGCAAAACUGCUGUAAAAUACAUUCAAGAGAAAAUGACUGUUAGCGUUGACAAGUUAGGCAAGGAUUGUUUAAUGAAUGUUGCAAAGACAUCUAUGGCUAGUAAAGUGAUUGGCAUGGAUGCGGAUUUUUUUGCUAAAAUGUGUGUUGAUGCUGUCAAUUCUGUUAAAUUUAACGAAAAAGAUAAGAUAAUUGUACCGGUGAAAUCAAUUAACGUAUUAAAAGCCCACGGACGAUCAACUCGUGAAAGUGUUUUAGUGUCGGGUUAUGCAUUGAACUGCACAGUUGCGUCCCAACUGAUGAGGAAACGAAUUGUGAAUGCCAAGAUUGCCUGUUUGGAUUUUAGUUUGCAGAAAGUACGAAUGAAAUUAGGAGUACAGAUUGUAGUAGAAGAUCCGGAAAAGUUAGAAGCAAUCCGACGAAGAGAAACGGAUAUUGCGAAAGAACGCGUUACUAAACUGUUGAACGCAGGUGCCAAUGUAAUCUUAACAACCGGUGGUAUUGAUGAUCUAUGUUUGAAGCAAUUUAUUGAAGCAGGCGCCAUGGCUGUGCGACGUUGUAAAAAAGCAGAUUUGAAGCGAAUUGCUAAAGCAACCGGAGCAACAUUAUUAACCGCUCUAGCCAAUAUGGAAGAUGAGGAAUCCGUUGACGCGACGGUCAUCGGUAGUGCUGCUGAGGUUGUUCAAGAACGUGUAUGUGAUGAUGAACUUAUACUCAUUCGAGGACCGAAAUCACGUACAGCUGCUUCGAUCAUCAUACGUGGUGCGAACGAUUUCAUGUGUGAUGAAAUCGAACGCUCGAUACACGAUGCCCUAUGCGUGAUUAAACGUGUUCUAGAAUCAAAACAAGUAGUUCCCGGUGGUGGUUGCUGUGAAACAGCUCUAUCGAUUUAUUUAGAAAAUUUUGCUACGACUAUUAAUGCACGAGAGCAGUUAUCAAUAGCUGAGUUUGCUUCUGCACUUUUAUCCAUUCCCAAAGCACUGAGUGUCAAUGCCGCACAAGAUGCGACCGAUCUUGUUGCUAAACUUCGCGCUUAUCACAAUGCCUCUCAAACCAAACUUGAUCGCGAGCAGCUGAAAUGGUUCGGUUUAGAUCUACAAGCUGGUAAAGUUCGUGAUUGUGUGUCGCAUGGCGUUCUUGAACCAGCCAUAUCGAAAAUUAAAACCUUAAAGUACGCAACAGAAGCAGCUAUUACGAUAUUACGUAUCGAUGACAUGAUUAAACUUGACAAGGAAGAAAAAACUGGUAGACAUGGAGGUGGUCGUGAUAACGAUGAAUAUAUGUAA